AUGCUGGGUGCUUCAUUGAUCCCGGCCCGCUGGAGAGGCUUCUACAGCCCCCAGGACCCAGCCAAACCAGGUCCCUACAGCAAACAUGUUACUCCUCUGUUGCAGAGCGUCACCCGCAGAACUUGCACUCAUCCCAUCCACUCCAUCGUCUUUUGCGCCUUGAUUGCCAGCACCACCUACAUUGGCCUCCUCGAGACUGGUCUAUUUGAGCCUUCUACAAAGUCCGACAACAACCAAGUCGACUUCUCUGCUCUCUCCCAAGGCAGCCGUACUCUGAGCGUCGGUCCCGAGACUGCCUGGGAGUGGCAGUCGGACGUUGUAUCCAAUCAGGCACAAGCAGAGCACCUCUCCUUGGUCACUUUGGCCUUCGCAGACUCUUACGCCGAUGCUCCCUCAGUUGUGAUCCCCAAUCACAGCAAAGCAGAGCAGCUUCCUUCAUCCAACAGCCGCCUGUCUCUGUCCCAAGACUCGACUCUCGCCUUCUCGCUUCCUUCGGACGAGACUCCCGCCUUUUUGGCCUCAAUCAAGGAGAUCUCGGCUCAAGAGACCGCUGAAGAUGACGACGAGCAAAAGAGAUGGAUCAUGAGAGCUGCAAGAGGUUCGGCGCGUCGUUUCUCUCUUCGCGAAUGGGUCCGCAACUCGUGGACCGCCUUUACCGACUUGAUUCGCAAUGCCGAAACUCUCGAUAUCAUCAUCAUGGCUCUCGGAUACCUCUCAAUGCAUUUGACUUUUGCCUCGCUGUUCGUCUCGAUGCGUCGCAUGGGCUCUAAUGCUUGGCUGGCAACCAGUGUCCUCUUCUCGUCGGCGUUUGCUCUUCUUUUCGGCCUUGUCGUUACCAUGAAGUUGGGUGUUCCUGUCAACGUUGUUCUGCUCUCGGAAGGUCUGCCUUUCUUGGUUGUUACUGUUGGUUUCGAGAAGCCCAUUAUCUUGACACAGGCUGUGCUCUCGGCUGCUCUCAACCCUCCCAGGCGUGAGAAUGGCGACCAAGCACCCUUGACCAUUCAAAACGCUGUGCAAACUGCUGUCCACGAACGCGGCUGGGGCAUCGUCCGCGACUACAUGGUCGAGAUCACUCUGCUUAUCGCCGGUGCUAUGUCGGGUAUUCAGGGAGGUCUCCGCCAGUUCUGUUUCUUGGCUGCAUGGGUUCUAUUCUUCGACUGCAUUCUGCUCUUCACCUUCUACACGGCUGUUCUCACAAUCAAGCUCGAAGUCAACCGCAUCAAGCGCCAUGUCGCUUUGCGCAAGGCUCUCGAAGAAGAUGGCGUUAGCCGCACUGUCGCCGAGAGCGUCGCUUCCAGCAACGACGGCUUGAAGCCUGAUGCUGGAAAUGGCGAGACUUCGAUUUUCGGCCGCAAGAUUCGCGAUAGCAGCAUCCCCAGGUUCAAGGUUCUCAUGGUCUCUGGAUUCAUCAUCAUCAACGUCCUCAACUUCUGUACCAUUCCCUUCCGCACUGGCGCCGCCAACAACUCUCCCUCGCUUUCUAGCUCUCUCGAUCCUUUCAAGGUUGCCGGAAACGCCCUCGACCACAUUUUGGCUCAGGCCAAGAUCCGCAACCAAUCAACCGCCGUCACCGUUUUGUCUCCUAUCAAGUACGAGCUUCAGUAUCCCUCCGUCCACUACUCCUCCGACAGACCCGAAUGGUCACUUUUCGAUGGCCCUUACGCCGACGGCAUUUUCUCCAGUAUGGGCGGAAGAGUUGUUGAAGGUGUGCUCAAGAGCUUCGAAGACCCUGUGCUGAGCAAGUGGAUCAUCAUUGCUCUCGCCAUGAGCUUGGUUCUGAACGGCUACUUGUUCAACGCCGCUCGUUGGAGUAUCAAAGAGCCUGGGCAUACCGAAACGACCGCUGGCGAGGCUGCACCCAAGGCCGCCCCCUUGCCUCCCCUCGCCGAGUACGAUCCUAAGAUGAAAAUCGAUGCUGCAGGACUCGAAAACGGACACGCCGCCAAUGGCACAAUUUCAAAGCGCUCCAAGGAAGAGUGUGAGCUUCUGCUUGCUGAAAAGAGAACCUCUGAGUUGAACGAUGAGGAACUCACUGAACUUUCUCUCCGUGGCAAGAUUCCUGGUUACGCCCUCGAAAAGACUCUGGGUGACAAGACUCGUGCCGUGAAGAUUCGUCGCUCUCUCAUUUCUCGUACUCCUGCUACCAAGCACGUCACUGCCGCUCUGGAACGUUCCAAGCUUCCUUACCUCAGCUACGACUACGACCGUGUCUUUGGCGCUUGUUGCGAGAACGUCGUUGGUUACAUGCCUCUCCCUCUUGGUGUCGCCGGUCCCAUCGACAUUGACGGUCGCAGCUACUAUCUUCCUAUGGCUACAACUGAAGGUGUGCUUGUCGCAAGUACCAGCAGAGGUGCAAAGGCGAUCAACGCUGGCGGUGGUGCCGUUACCGUUCUUACUGGUGAUGGUAUGACUCGUGGACCCUGUGUUGGUUUCGAGACUCUUGCCCGUGCUGCCGAAGCAAAGGUUUGGCUGGAUUCCGAAGCUGGUGAGAAGAUCAUGAAGGACGCUUUCAACUCGACAUCCAGAUUCGCCAGACUGCAACACCUUAAGGCCGCUCUUGCAGGCACUUACCUUUACAUUCGAUUCAAGACGACUACUGGUGACGCUAUGGGUAUGAACAUGAUUUCAAAGGGUGUCGAACAGGCACUCAGUGUCAUGAAGGAGAGCGGCUUCGAAGACAUGGCUGUUAUCUCAGUUUCAGGCAACUACUGCACGGACAAGAAGCCUGCCGCAAUCAACUGGAUCGAUGGACGUGGCAAGAGUGUUGUCGCCGAGGCUAUCAUUCCCGGCGAUGUCGUUCGUUCCGUUCUCAAGAGUGAUGUUGAUGCUCUUGUUGAGCUCAACGUCUCCAAGAACUUGAUUGGUAGUGCCAUGGCAGGUAGCAUCGGUGGUUUUAACGCCCACGCUGCCAACAUUGUCACUGCAAUCUUCCUCGCUACUGGACAAGAUCCCGCUCAGAACGUUGAGAGCAGCAACUGUAUCACUGUCAUGAAGAAUCUCCAUGGCAACCUUCAAAUCUCAGUUUCAAUGCCUUGUAUUGAGGUUGGCACAAUUGGUGGUGGUACGGUUCUCGAGCCGCAGGCGGCCAUGCUUGAUCUGCUUGGCGUGCGUGGUGCUCACCCCACAAGCCCCGGUGACAACGCCCGUCAGCUCGCACGUAUUGUCGCUGCCGGUGUCCUUGCUGGCGAACUGUCUCUCUGCGCAGCACUUGCAGCCGGUCACCUUGUCAGAGCUCACAUGGCACACAACCGUUCUGCGGCACCUUCAGCCGCACCUAGCAGAGUCCAGAGCCCGAGCCCUGCCCAAGGCAAGCCAUUGCCUCACGGGUUGACCAUGACUAACAUGGCAUCGAAGAGAUGA